CACCACCUCCUUCUCACACACUCACUCCCCCACUCACUCAAACACCCGCUCCCUCGUCCCGCCUCUCCCUCGCCUCCUCGCCAUGGCUGCCUCCACCCUGUCCCUGUGCUCCAGCGACCUGAGCUACGACAGCCGGGUCUGCCUGCCCGCGUCCUGCGACUCCUGCCCCGAGUCUUCCUGGCAGGGGGACGACUGCCCGGAGGAGAGCUGCUGCCCGCCGCCCUGCUGCCCCUGCAGCCCCUGCCCGACCCUCCUCUGCUCCCCCGUGAGCUGUGGCUGCGGCUCCUGCCAGCCAGCCUGCCCCUGCCCCUGCGGCCCCUGCCAGCCGGCCUGCCCCUGCCCCUGCGGCCCCUCCUGCUGCCAGCCCUGCUGUGUGCCCGCCUGCUGCCAGCCCGCCUGCUGCAAGCCCAUGUGCUGUGUGCCCGCCUGCUGCCAGCCCGUGUGCUGCACGCCCGUCUGCUGCAAGCCCGUGUGCUGCGUGCAAGCCUGCUGCCAGCCCGUGUGCUGCAAGCCCGUGUGCUGUGUGCCCGUCUGCUGCGAGGCCUCCCCCUGCUCAGGCCCCACGUGCCGCCCGCCCACCUGCUGUGGGGGGUCCCUCUGCCGGCCCUCGUCCAGCGUGUCCCUGCUGUGCCGCCCUGCGUGCUGUGCCCCCGCGUGCCCGUGCCCAUGCCGCUCCUCCAGCGUGUCCCUGCUGUGCCGGCCCGCCUGCCCCCGCCCCUGCCCCGCCUGCUGUGAGUGAGGCUCCAGUCACCAGCCCGGCUCCCGCCAACCCCCCCCAGGGUACAGGGCCACCUGUCCCCUGGGUGACAUCACCUGCACACACAUCCCCCCCACCCCGCUAGGAUGGGCUGCUGGGCUCCCCGUGACUUGUCAAAACCUGUUCAAUAAAAACCCAAGACAU